AUGAGCGUAGGUUCGCUAACUUCCCACAUUAGUCACUGGCGCCACACAUCCCACUGGGCGGCGACGGAAGUGGUGGCGACGCUAGGGUUGCAGCAUCUGCUCGUGGGGCGGUCGCACGAGUGCAAGUUCCCGCCAUCCGUGCUCGCGCUGCCGUGCGUCACGGCGCCCGCGUCGGGAUCGGGCGUGGAGGGGCCAAGCUGCGGCUCCGCGCACGACACGCUGUCGCAGCGCCUGCGGAAGAGCCUCUCGCGAUACCACGUGGACGUGGAAGCGAUAAAGCGACUGCAGCCAGAUGUGAUUAUAACGCAGGACGCGUGCGACGUGUGCAUGGUGACUGUAGCGGACCUCGAGGCGGCGUGCGCGGAGUACUUCAAGCAGCGCGAGGACUCUGGCCACGUGUGCCACGUGGUGUCGCUCAAGCCAAUCACGAUCUCGGACGUAUGGGACAACAUGGUUCAGGUCGCGGCGGCCGUGGGGCACAGGGAGAAGGGCUGCGUGCUCGUGCAGACUCUCAAAGCGCGCUGGUCGCUCGUGCGCAGGCAGGUUCCGCUCCGCGGAUCGUCUCCGCGCGUGCGCGUGGUGUGCCUGCAGUGGCUGCGCCCGCUCAUGGGCGCGGGGUUCUGGGUUCCGGAGAUUGUUGCGUGCGCGGGAGGGAAGAGCCUGUCGGGGAAGCCGGGGGAGCGCACGGCCAUGCUAACUUUGGAAACCCUUCUAUCUUUGGACCCUGACGUCAUCAUCGCCAUGUGCUGCGGCUUGUCUAUGGAAGGCGUUCUAAGAGAGUUUCUUAACCUGGACGAUUUGCCCCAGUGGAACCGGUUGAGAGCGGUUCAGACGGAUUCCGUCUUUGUGGCUGACGGCGACCGUUACUUUAAUAACUCUGGGCCGACUAUAGUUGAGUCGGCGGAGAUUAUGGUGGAGAUUCUCCAUGCGCGCCGGUUCCCAAACCACAGAACCGCAGUGAACCGCUCUGGCGCCGCUGCUGGCGGUGAUAACGACGCGCCGCUUUCCUCUUUCCGCAACAGCCGCGGAUUGGGCGCGGGACACGUGGCAGCAGGCGCGGAAUUCCCGGAGAUUGAGAUUAAGUACGAGGGGAGGGCGUACGCGCAGUUGACGGGCGGGUGCGUGGGCGCAUGGCGCGCGCUGCUGGGGGAUGGCGGAGGGGUCGACCUGGCGGGGGGAAACUGGGGAAAACUGGAUGUGGGGAAGGGGGGAAAUUCGGGGAGCGGCAGCUCGGGGGAAAAGGGGGGCGGAAGCGGGGGGGAGGGCGAGGGGGAGGGGUGGUUUGCGCAAUUGGCAUCGGAAGCAGCGGCUAAGGGGGCGAAAGAAGCGGCGCGGGAGGCGGCUUUGGUGGCCAAGGCGGCGGGGAAACAGCAGCAGGCGGGGCACGCGCAGCAGUUGCAAGGGCAGGGGAGCAGCAAGGGGGAGGUGGCGAAGGUGGCGAAUGUGGCGGUGGCGAACAACGAAAUGCUUGCUCCUCUUCGCCCGCCUCCUGGUUACACGGGAAAGGAGGGGUCACAGCAACAGACGCAACCAGAGGCAACGCCAGAGCUUUACCAGCAGCAGCAACACCAGCAGCAGCAGCAGCAGCAGCAGCAGCAGCAGCAGCAGCAGGAGCCGCAUCAGGAAGAGGCAGAGCAGCAGCAGGAGGACGCUUCCCCCGCGUCCCCCCCCCCGCCCGCCAUCUCCCUCACAGGCGCGGCGCUCAAGGCGGCGCAGCUGCGCGCGCUCUUCCUCGCGACGAUAGAGGAUUCCCUCCCCGCGGACUGCCUUCUCCUCUCGGGCGGGCUGGCCUCCACCAUCAUCGCGCACGCCGCCACGUCGCUCGUCUGGCCGGGCAGCAUCGCCGCCGCCAUCACCGUCCUCGCGAGCCCCAAGGCGGCGGACAGGCUGCCCGCGGCGGCGGCCGCGCGCGGGUGUCAGUUAGGCGCGGGGAUGGGCGCGGGGAUGGGCGCGGGGGGGAGCGGGGGGCAUGUGUUUGUGGGGGGCGGGCCCGGGUUUCAGCCGGAGCAUCUGCUGGAGACGGAGUUGCGAUUCGUGGUGCGCGUGUUAAAGAGCUUCGACCCUGCUGAGAUCCGCAUGGGCGUGGUGCUGGCAGCUGGGCUAAGGGAGGCCAAGAGGCAGGGGUUCUGCUCGGUGAUGGUGGGCGAUGGUGCAGACGAGCUCUUCACUGCGUUUGACUUCAUGGUGCGAAUGAGCGAUGCCAAGCUGCAGGAGUGUCGGCACCACAUGGUGGAUGUGCUGCGCUUCCCCUGCCGGGACCUCGCCCACGCUCUUGGUCUUGAGGUUCGGCAGCCGUUCCUGCACCCGGCCCUGCAGGAGUUCGCCUUGGGGCUGACCAAAGACGAGCUGCUGGGGGAGGGGCGCAGCGAGGAGUGGUGCGACUAUAACGAGGGCAACCUGCUGUUGCGCAUGGCCUUCCCUGAAGUGGUGUCUGCCCGCCGGCCCAAGGACCCCAUUGAGGUGGGAGCGGGCACAGUGGCACUGACACGCCACUUUGCAAGGAGGAUGGCACGGGAGGAGUUUCAGGCGGAGAGGCAGAGGGUGAAGCGGGAGGACCAGGUUCGGAUACGGGACCCUGAGCACCUGCACUACUACCAAGCCUUCCGGCAGGUGUUUGGCGGCCCUACUCUCCCCGGAGUGCAGCGCUGGCAGCCCAACGCCUGCUCUGCAUGCGGCUUUCCUCCUCUCUUCCCCGACCAGCUUCUCUGUGCCACCUGUGGCGAAUGCUCCACCCGCAAACCCUCCUCCCGCCGCCGCUCCCAACCCAACAAUACCGGCCCUGGUGCUGGGGGUGUUGGGAGCGGUGCUGGGGACGUUGGGGCAGGUGCAGAUGGGUUCGGAGGGGUUGGAGUGGGCGGGGUGGAAGGGGCGCACGGGAGGGUGCAGUCAGGUGGUUCUAACGGCCGCGGGAGGUUGAGUGAUGUGCCGCGCAGCCCUCGCCGCCCCUCCACCCCUCCUCGAGGCUCCUCCCCCAGUGGCUCUUCCCCCUCCAGUGCUGGCAGCAGCGGGAGGAAGCAGCGCGGCUGCUGGGGGAACGCGGGAGCAGGAGGAGGGGUAGCGGGAGGUCGAGAGGCGUUUGGAGCGGUGGAGAGGGAGGGGUGUGGGGAGGGAGGGGAGGUGGGGGAGUGGGGGGAGCAAGUGGUGGUGGAGGUAGCAGAGGAGGUGUGUGCGGCUCUGUCGGUGGUGGAUCAGGCUCUAGCGGGAGUGGCGUCUCCUGAUCGAACCUUGCCUGUGAAACACGCCCUAGGAACAACAAGCAGCAGCAGCAACAGCAGCAGCAACAGCAGCAGCAGCAGGAGUUGCACGAGCAACGGUGGCUCCGUGAAUAAUGUGCAUCCGAUGAGCAACAUCCACGCGUUGCUGCUCUCGACCUACUCGCACCCGCCCUCUGCGGCCACCGCUCUCCACCAUUCCGAUUCGCUGCUUUCCCUCGUCGCCUGUGUGGACGGCGGGUUGAGCGUCUGGGGCGAUAUUAUCGGCUCAAGCCAGUGCAGCGAUGAGCCUGAAGGCGAUAGUGAUUAUAACGGGCGGGAAAUUAACGAGGAGAAGGAGAGGUGCCGGAGCGAGGGCGGGUUGAGGAGAGGCAGCCGGCGAGGGGGGAAGGGGAGGAGGGCGGGAGAGCGAGGAGGGGGGAUCGGUGGGGGAGGGUCGAUGGAUGGUUCAGAUCGCGAGGAUGCGGAUGCGGGUUAUAUGCUGGGUGGGGAUGAGUGGGGGGACAAUGGGCACGGCAAUGGAAGGUUUCUGACUAAGGGAGCAGAAUCAGCACCUAAGUACAGGAUGCUUGGAGUCUCUGUUUCAAGCUGUUCCCGCUGCCCUGCUCGCCGUCAGCAGCGACGCGAGGGAGAUUCGAAUAGCGCAAUGCAGUGCGGACAAUCGCAGAUAAUCGGAAGGAGCUUCCUCCCCUUGGUUCACCCAGCAGACCGAGCUUCCGCUCAGGCUGUGCUGGCUGCAUGUGAUGCCUCGGACGGCGGUAAGGCCAAGAGGCGCGUUGGGGUGAGGCUGACAACCCUAGGAGGGAGAGAUGGGCGAGAGCAGAAGCGGGGUGCGAGGGGAGAAACGAGGGGGGAGAGCCAAGGAGAGGGACAGGGGAGGGGGCAGGAGGGAGAGGAGGAAGACGCCUACAGCAUAUGCAGCAGUGAGUGGCGAUGGCUUGAGAUGUCCGUCUCUCUUGCCACGUGUCCUCGUGAGAGGGUUGCCACGUGUACAUCUUCGCACGGACCGCCUCCUGCAGAAGCAGCCCGGGAAGGUUCCAGUGGCGGAGCCCGCGAGCCAAGGAUGGUUCUCUGCACUUUCCUGGACAUUUCCGAGCGGAGGAAGCAAGAGGGCCGCAUGCUGCAGAGGUUGAAAGACUCCUUUGAGCCUGUUUUGGCCUCUCACCAGGACAUGGCUGCAAGCAAUGAGUCGCAUCAUCAUAGCUUACAGCAUGAGCCACCGCCCGCUAGUUUCGCCCUCAACAGAGCCAACCCCCCUGAUUCGAACGGCAGGGAGGAACAGCAGCACGUGGGCAGCAGCAGGAACGGCAGCAGCAGCAGUAGUGGCGUGCACAACAGUGGCGUGCACAGCGGCGGCGGUGGCAGGGAGGUGGAGCCGGUUGAGGAGGGUAGAAGCAGGGGGGAGCAGGCGACAGGGGGUGGAGAGGCGAGUGGGGUCAAUGGGACGAGUGGGGGGUGCAGCAGAGGAGACGGUGGUGUGGAGAACGGAGAUGGCAGCAUGGACGCGUUGCAACAGAUGGUGGCUCUGCUGAAGGGAGUCAAGCAGUCGCUGCAGUGGAGCCAUGAAAGCGCCAAGUUCCAUGCGAUAUUUGAGAUGUCCAUGGACCCUAUUCUCAUCAACACAGUGGAACAAUUACCGCACGACCUCAACCCCGCUGCCGCCCGCAUCCUCGGAUUCCCCUCCACUUCUGCCGCCCUGGCGAAUCUGCGCAAGGGCUACCUUCUCCAGCACUCCCCUGAGCUGCAGCCGUGCGGCCGGCAAAGCUUGGAGCUAUUCAAGGAGAUACUCGCAGAGCUGAUGGAGAAGGGGGAGUGUGCGCCGUUCGAGUGGGUGCACACCCGACUGGAUGGCUCAGAGUUUCACGUGCUGGUGAAGGUCAAGAUGGUCAUGAUCAACGGCGAGCGCCUGUACAUGUCGGUGUGGCACGACAUAACGGAGAUGAAGCGCAAGGAGGAGGAGCUGAAGGCGGCCAAGGAGGCGGCCGAGGCGGGCAACGAGGCGAAGAACCGGUUCCUGGCGAACAUGAGCCAUGAGCUGCGCACCCCCAUGAAUGGCGUCAUCGGCGUCGCCGAGCUGCUCCUCCGCACGCCCCUCACCCCGCAGCAGCGCUCCUACGUUGAUGUCAUCUCCUCGUCUGGAAGCGCACUCAUCCAUAUCAUAUCUGAUGUGCUGGAUAUCACCAAGAUUGAGACAAACUCGCUGCUGCUGGACUGCUGCCCGUUCAACCUCCGGGAGACGAUGGCUGAGUGCGUGGAGGCCGUGAGACCAGCUGCCGAGAACAAGAAACUCGCGUUGCAGAGCCGGGUGGGCAGGGGCGUACCGGAGUGGGUGGAGGGGGAUCAGCUGCGGGUGAGGCAGAUUCUGCUCAAUCUGCUCUCCAACGCCAUCAAGUUCACCGACCAAGGCCACGUCCUCCUCUCCAUAGCCCUCUCCCCCAACCCCUUUGACCAUGAACCUGCUGACCCUCUCAACCCGCCCCUUGGGCCUGAGAAGCAGCAGGGCGCUCCUUAUGCCGCGCUCUCUCCCAACCCCUUUGACCAUGAAGUCACUGACCCCCUCAGCUCGCCCCUUGCGCCUGGGGAGCAGCAGGACAUCAAGGACACAGGAGAGGGGAUCUCCACAGAUGCACUUACGAGGCUGUUCACGCCGUUCCGGCAGGUGGACGACUCGUCGUGCCGCAAGCACGGCGGCACGGGCCUGGGUCUCUCCAUCUGUCGCUCGCUCGCGGCGCUCAUGGGGGGAUGCAUCUCCGUCGCCUCCUCCCCCCGCCACGGCUCCACCUUCUCGCUCCACCUGCCCUUCUCGCCUGUCUUCUGCCCAGAUGAGAAUGCGUCUGAAGCUCCUGAAUGGGUAGCAGCUGCAUCUGUGUCAGCUCAAGGCCAAGAGGUGUUUGAGACAGGCCAAGAAUUCAAGAGAGUGAGAAUAGAAGGCGCUGCUGGUUCAGCAGAGGAAGGUCGGGAGGGGCAAGGUGGCGAGCAGAUGCGAGAAAGCAGGAUAUGGAGGGAGAGACAUGGUGAGAAAAGGAUGCCUCUUGAAAAGGUUGCAGCAGGUGCAGAUUCCAAGUCCCCGUCUAAUGGGGUAUUUCCCAAGUCGCGCUCUAAUGGUGGCGCAUUUUCCAGGCCCCCCUCUAUGGGUGGUGUUUUUCCCAACUCCCCCUCUCAUAAUGGGAAAUUCCUGAAGUCACCCUCGAAGGGUGGCGCAUUUCCGAAGUCGCCGUCUUGCAACGGGGUGUUUGAGGGGCUGCGGUGCCUGGUGGUGGAGGACAACGCGGUGAAUCGCAUGGUGGUGGUGCAGCUGCUGAGGAACCUGCGAGUGUCGUGUGACGUGGCAGAGAAUGGGCACAAGGCCGUGGAGGCCUGCCACUCCACCAACUGCCACGUCAUCUUCAUGGACUGCCACAUGCCAGUGAUGGACGGCUUUGAAGCUACCACGCGCAUCCGGGAGCUUCAGUCCAGCGCUCACAUCGCCCCCAUGCCAGGCUCCAAUGUAGCUCAGCGUGUGGCCUCCCAACCAGCCCAACCCCAUGAAAAGCACAGCCUAACAGACGCUCAGAACGCUCGUAGUGGCUUACCAGCAGAGCGGCAAGAUGAGCAGGGAAAGGAGCAGCGAGAGGAGGAUGAGAGGACCCAUCACGAGCGCACUAAUGAGCCAGGGGAGGAAGAGAGGAGGAAGGGGCACAGCAAUGCGGUGACUGUACACAGUGUGGUGCAACGGUCCACCAUCUAUGCGGUCACUGCCAGCACCAUGAAGCACGAGAGGGACAAGUGUGCAAAUGCAGGCAUGGAUGGGUUUCUAGCCAAGCCGAUUCGUCUAAGGGACCUUGAGCAGGUGCUUUCUCAGAUCGUUGCUAGGGAUCGGCUGUAG